AUGUUGCAGCUCCAAGCUGCCAGAAGCAACAUCAACGACAGCAGCAGCAGCAACAGCAGCAGCAGCAACAGCAGCAGCAGCAGCAGCAGCAGCAGCGUUCCCGGGUAUCAGCUCGUAGUGCUGCUGUGCGUAGCUCCAGGAGAACCGCCGUCGCAUGCAGCUCCGCUCUACCCCCCCAUAAUUGCCUUAAGAGGCAAACAGCAGCAGCAGCAGCAACGGCAGCAGCAACAACAGCAGCAGCAGCAGCAGCAGCAGCAACAGCUGCAGACGCGUACAUCAGCCCCUUCCGAGAGGUUUGUAUGGAGGAGUGAUUUUCAUAGUUCCGGCGUGCGAAAUGGCGGCUCAACGCAGCAGCAGCUGCUUGCACUGCAGCAGCAACAGCAGCAGCAGCAGCAACAGCAGCAGCAGCAGCAGCAGCACAUGUGGAGUCUCGCUGGCAGCAACGUGGGAGGCAGCAGCCUCUGCACUUUUUAUUCUGGGGUCACCUCGAUAAGGAGCGUCUGCGUGGAUGAGGAGCGGCAGCUGCUGCUGCUGGGCAGCUGCAGCAAGCAAGGGGUCGUCUCCGUCUUGCUCUACAGCAUCAGCAGCAGCAGCAGCAGCAGCAGCAGCAGCAGUGCAGCAGCAGAAGAUGCAGCAGAUGAGGGUGCCGUGGCAGCAAGCGUAGUGCUGGUGACGAGGGUUGCCUGUCUAGCUGAGUCUGUCUCUUCUCUCGUCCUCUGGCGCGAGAGAGGAAUUUUAAUUGUGGGGGGGGGAGAAGGGGCGUUGCUGCUGCUGCUGCUGGAUGCUCUGCUGCCCAACAUGCAGCGAAUAGCAGCAGCAAACGCUGCUGUUGCUGCUGCUGCAGCAGCAAGUGAUGCAGGCAUUGCUGCAGCAGCAACAAGACUGCCUUCGGAGCGGCAGCCCAUUGCUGCAUACCCCUCCAUUACUGCCUCACCCCAGCAGCAGCAGCAGCAGCAGCAGCAGCAGCAGCGACAGCAGCAGCAGCAGCAGGGGGAGGAGGGAGCGCUGUGGGCUAGGAUGAGUCUUCAGGGCAGCAACCGUCUGAUUCCCCCUCGAGGCGCUCGUCUGUCUUCGUUGCUAAGCCAUCGACAGCAUCCGCAGGAGCAGCAUUUGCUGCUGCAGCAGCUGCAGCAGGAGCUGCAGCAGCAGGAGCAGCAGCAGCUGCUGCAGCAGCAGUCUGGAUGCAUUGGGGACCACUUAGCUUAUCUGCUGCAGGAAAGAAUAGCAGCAAACGCAGAAUGUCUGCUGCUGCUGCGAGCUCACACCAUGGCCGUGCAGCGUGUCUUCGUAUUCCCCGCCGAAGGGGUUUUCAUUUCUUGUGGUUCUGAGGGUGCUCUGAAGAUGUGGCGUUUGCCGCCUCUACCACACUCGACAGCUAGCUAG